AUGUCAGAGCGGAGUGCCGCCGGGUCAGAGUCGGAGAGCGGGUCAAAGCGGGAGAGGCGCCGGGUCAAAGCGGAGAGGCGCCGGGUCAAAGCGGAGCCGGUAUGUCAGAGCGGCGCCGGGUCAGAGCGUCGUGCGCCGGGUCAGAGCGUCGUGCCGCCGGGUCAGAGCGUCGUGCCGUGCCGGUAUGUCAGAGCCGUGGUCAGAGCGUCGUGCCGCCGGGUCGUGAGCGUCGUGCCGCCGGGUCAGAGCGUCGUGCCGCCGGGUCAGAGCGUCGUGAAGCCAUAUCAAUGUUCUCAAUGUAGCAAAGCUUUUUCCUCGAAGUCAAACCUUCUUAGACACCAGAAGAGUCACACUGGAGUAAGGCCAUACUGGUGCUUUGUAUGUUACAAAACUUUUACAAGGAGAUCGGCGCUUAUUACACACAAGAGGAGUCACACUGGAGAGAAGCCAUAUCUGUGUUAUGAAUGUGGCAAAGCUUUUACGCAGAAGUCGAACCUUGCAACACACCAGAAGAUUCACAGAGGAAAGAAGUCCUUUCGCUGUUUUGAAUGUAAUAAAGCUUUUUCACAGAAGGCACAUCUUGUGACACACCAGAUGGUUCACAGGGGAGAGAAGCCACAUUGGUGUCCUGUAUCUUUUACAGGGACGUUGAACCUUGCCAGGCACCAAAAGAGUCAUAAUUUAGAGAAGCCGUAUUUAUGUACUGUAUGUGACAAAGCUUUUAAACGGAGGCCAAAUCUUAUCGCACACCAGAAUGCUCACCGAGGCAUGAAGCCAUAUGAGUGCUCCGAAUGUGGCAAAACCUUUACAAGGAGGUCAAAGCUUUUAAAGCACCACCAUGUGCACGCUGGAGUGAAGAUAUAUCGGUGUUCUGAAUGUGGCAAAGCUUUCACAGUGCAGUCUGAACUUCUCGCACACCAGAGUGUGCACACUGGAGAGAUGCCAUAUCGGUGUUCUGGAUGUGACACUUCUUUCACAGUGAGGUCCGAACUUAUCGCACACCGGAUGAUGCACACUGGAGAGACACCAUAUUGGUGUUAUGAAUGUGGCAGAUAUUUCACAGCGAGGUCCGAACUUAUCGCACACCUGAUGAUGCACACUGGAGAGACACCAUAUCGGUGUUAUGAAUGUGAUGAUGUUUUUACGCUCCAGUCAGAGUUUUUAAGUCACCUAAUGGGUCACACGGGCGAGAAGCCAUACCAGUGUUCUGAAUGUCAGACUUCUUUCACAGUAAAGUCCGAACUUCUCGCACACCAGAGUGUGCACACUGGAGAGACGCCAUAUCUGUGUUCUGGAUGUGACACUUCUUUCACAGUGAGGUCCGAACUUAUCGCACACCGGAUGGUGCACACUGGAGAGACACCAUAUUGGUGUUAUGAAUGUGGCAGAUCUUUCACAGUGAGGUCUGAACUUAUCGCACACCUGAUGAUGCACACUGGAGAGACACCAUAUCGGUGUUCUGAAUGUGGCGACGUUUUUUAUGCUCAAGUCGGAGCUUUUAAGUCACCUGAUGGCUCACACUGGCCAGAAGCCAUACCGGUGUCCUCAAUGUGGAAUAUAUUUCGCAUUGAAGUCAGAACUUAUCACACACCGGAUGAUGCACACUGGAGAGGAGACAUAUCCAUCAUGUUCUCGCCAUGA